GUGAACACAGAGUUCCGUCCCAAAUGUCUCGAGACGGUUGACGGCCGGUUUGGCUCUGUUCUCCUGUCCCGUCGUGUCUUUGUCCGCACGAUGCACGACUCCAGCGGGGUACAGCUGGCGCGCGCUCUGAAGCUCGCUGCCCUGUUUCUGCUCCUGGUGCCUCGUUUUCUGGCCGCGGCAGUGACGCUGUGGCUCCUGGACUUCCUGUGCAUCCGUCGCAAGGUGCUGCUCCAGAUGGGCGCGCGGCCACACAGUGCUGACGACCCACCUCUGUGCGUCUCUGACUCCAACCGCAUGUUCACGCUGGAGUCGCUGCGCGCUGUGUGGUACGGCCAAAAGCUGGACCUGCUGAAGUCCGCGCGGCUGGGACGCGCGGCACCCAACACGGAGGUGGUUCUGGUGCCCGAGCGCCGUCCGGUGCGCAUCCUGGACUGCAUGCGCGGGACGCGGCCGCUCGUCCUCAACUUUGGCAGCUGCUCCUGACCGCCCUUUAUGACGCGCCUGGCCGCCUUCCAGCGCGUCGUCAGCCAGUACGCCGACAUCGCUGACUUUGUGGUGGUCUACAUCGAGGAAGCGCACCCGGCCGACGGCUGGGUCAGCUCGGACGCUCCAUACCAGAUCCUCAAGCACCGCUGUCUUGAGGACCGGCUGAGCGCAGCGCGCCUCAUGCUGCCUCAGGUGCCUGGCAGCAGCGUGGUGGUGGACAACAUGGACAACUCGUCCAACGCCGCCUACGGAGCCUAUUUCGAGAGACUCUACAUCGUGCGCGACCAGAGGGUGGUCUACCAAGGGGGUCGGGGACCGGAGGGCUACCGGAUAUCGGAGCUCAGGAAGUGGCUGGAACAGUACCGGAGGGACAUGAGCGCGUGUCCGGUACUUCAAGCCUAACCCAGGAGAAUGUAUAUGUUUGGUUGCCUUUUGCCUGCGCUCGCACAUUGAGUGUCUUUUGUGCGAUGCAGUGUGUUAUGACUCCUCCAAAUCAAGGGUUCUCAAACCUCAGAGGUCCUGGGACCCCUCCCUGGGGAGACAUGUGUCCAAGGACCCCUCAAGCCCAACGCCGAUCAAACAUAAUAAACUAUAAUGUGUACCACUGUACACACCCCAAAACCCUAUCAACAAGCAUCAGAGCAAAUUAAAAACUUUUAAAGGAAAAAGUUGUAUAGUUAUGAGAAUUAAGUUGAUUUCUUUCAACAUAGGAUAUUAAGUCAGGGUUUAAAAAGGGAAGACUCACAUUAUAAAGUCACUUUAUUCUCCUAAUAUAAUACCUAUUAUUCAAGAAAAAAAAGACAUGUUGAAAAAUAUGCCAUUUAUUCUGAGGUCUAACGCCUGUGGUAUUACAUAUUUAGGUUUUUUUUUUUUCUUUUUAUAAGAAGGACUUAUUCAUGCAAAUGUGUCAGUGUUAUAGUGUUAUAUCACUAUCCUGUUUAAGCUUUUAAUUGCUCAAAGCCUAGGAAGGGAGGAGUAAUUGGUUAAUUAUGUUUGCCUUAUUGGCAGACAAGUCUCAUUAUGUAGGUAUGCACUUUUUUAUUAUGAUAAUUAAUAGCAAAUUAUUAUGCAGCCCCCACCCCCCAAGAUCCAGCUCACGGACCACCGGAGGGAUCCGGGGACCCCAGUUUGAGAACCACUGCUCUAACUUCCUAUUAUAUAUUCUAUUGCUGUUGGGUUCCAGGUGGCACCCUGGGGUGUCUGCGUGAAGUUCAGUUCUCCAACGGCCCGGCCACAGAACCGACACUGAUGUUUGUGACACCCCAGUGGCUUGAUGGGUUGACGUGCCCGCCGGCACCAAGAUGACAGAAGAAACAAGGGGUACAUUAGGAUGUGAUGUCAUGUUGUGUAAUUGAACAAAUUAUUUUUUUUGUAUAAAAUAAAUGAGUAACACAUUGAA